AUGAGAGAUGGUCAGCAGAGUGAGCAAGAGUUUGUAGUGACUUUUUUUGUUGUUUUUUAUGAACUCAAAGCCAUGACUUUAAAGCAUGAAGAAUCCCAAGAUAUUGAGGAACAGUUUAUAUUGCGUCUGCCUCAGGAACAGGCUUAUGCUGUCAGAAAGAUUAUACAUUCUCGAGGUCCUGGCAUGAAGGAUAAACUAAAAAUUGGCUUUGCCCCUGAUGGACGUCAUGCAGUUGUUCAGGUAGAAGAUGUCUCACUGCCUGCUAAGCUGGUUAAUUUGCCUUGUGUUAUCGGAAGCCUGAAAACUGUUGAUAGAAAAACAUUUUAUAAAACAGCAGAUAUUUCUCAGAUGCUUGUAUGCAGUGCUCAUGGUGAGCCUCACUCUCCCCCAGAAGAACCAGUUACCUCUGCUCAUACUACUGUAACUGGAAGGGGUGGAGGGAAGACAAAUAGAAAAAGAUAUAACUGGAAGCAUGGCAUUACUCCACCACUUAAGAACGUCAGAAAGAAAAGGUUCCGGAGAACAAGAAAAAAGCUUCCUGAUGUCAAACAAAUGGAUGAAGUUGGCUUGCGUAAGGACACUGAAUCUCCAAAUGUGGAUAAAGAAGUGAAGAGACUGCUGUGCUCAGAUGCUGAAGCCAUCAGUGUCUGCUGGGAAGUCAUUGCUGAUGAUGAAACCAAGGAAAUAGAAAGUCAAGGGUGCAUCUCAGGCACUUCAAGAACCGCACGAAUGCAUGGUCGUAGCUCAUCAGAAACUGCAAUGCUUCAAGAGAUGUUUGGCGAUUCUGGCAGUAACAGUAAUGAUGUGGGUGCUAAAAUUGAAGAGGAGGAUGUUGACAAUCAAAAGGAUGGGGAUCAGGAUGACGAUGAUGACGAUGAUGAAGAUGAUGAUGAUGAAGAAGAAGAAGAAGAAGAAAAGGAGAUAGACAAUCUUGAAGAGAAUUUAGAAAGGGAGCUGCAAAUCCAAUUUAUUCAUCCUAGCUUCUGUGAAACCAACAAAGAUUACAGUUCAAUAAUCACAGGAAUUCAGAAACUGAUUCAUGUCAAAGAAAUGAAGCUCCAAAAGAUUUAUAAAAAAGCACAACGACAGAAAGAUCUCCUUAGGAAUGUGGAAAACUUGACCCUUAAGAGGCAUUUCCAGUAUGCUUUGGGGCAGCUUAACAUAUUAGAAAGACAAAAGUGUGAAGAGAUUUAUCACCUACAGGAACAACUGAAAUGUUACCUAAAGGAGUAAAGAAACCCUCAGCCUAGCAUAUAAAGUGGAUUCACUUUCCAGAUGAAGACCGGGUGGAACCACUACACUAGUUACUUUAUAUUGACCAACUAUAUUUGCUUAUUUGAAUAUUUUUAGUUAUAGUAAAAAAAGAUCAUAGCCAUAUAGAAAGGAACAGUAUAAAAUGCAUAAUAGGCUUAGAGACCCAACUCAA